GCUGGGACAACAACAAUCAGAUCGUGCGCCACGAGUGCUGCUCUGCACGUCAGUUGCGCGGGAGGUAGUGUAUUUCGUGCGCAAUACACUAGCAUAAACACGCCUGCAGCAAGGUAACGACAUCAUGAUCGGUAUGAUGACCACCGUCCUCGGCCUCGGUCUGGCUCUGUUCAUCUCCUUAGAGGGCUACAACCAAGGCGGCUUGUUUGCGUGGCAUCCGUUUCUGAUGUCGGUCGGUGCCCUCGGCUUACCCACCGCCGGCAUACAGGCGGUGAGAUCAAGACACGCCGUAGGAGGCAUGGGCCCCAAGACUCAACGGGUGCAGCUCCAUAGCGCUCUCAGCAACUUGGCCCUGGCUUCCAUGCUGGGCGGACUGUACGCCAUCUACACCAACAAGGAGAAAAUGGGCAAAAAUCACUGGACUUCUUGGCACUCGUGGGCGGGGGUACUGGCUCUCGCUCUCUGGGUGGGCAACUUUGCCGUUGCGGGAGCUAACACGGCAGACCUGGAGAAGAGACGCCUCGUGUUCUUGUGGAAAUCCCGUAAUCACCGGUGGGCUGGCAAGGCUGCGUUCUGCGCAGGUCUCGGGGCUGUUGUCCUGGGAUUGCACAGCGGCUGGGGGUUGCGGUCCCUCGGCGGAGAGCGGGGCGCGUGGACCUUGACGGCGGGAGUCCUGGGAGUGUUCGUGGGGAUCGUGGCAUCGGGAGGAGAGGCUCAAACCCCCAAGAAGGGCUAGAGGUGCUGCUGCUGCUCUGCUACUAGGAGGGUUAUUUCGCCGCAGCGUACCACUCAAUACCUUACAGCAGUAGUUUCUCUGCGAUGAUUUGCGCUGCUUUCAGAUCUUCAAUCGGUGCUCUGUAGAUGUUGUGGUCGAAAAUAAGGAAGACUUCGAUCGUCCGUGUAAUCGAGUCUGGGUCCGUGCAUCGCGUUCGAAGAGGCCAAUAUUUAGAGCCUGUUUUUUCCCUCCUGGGUUGGAGGCAAUCAACGGUCGCGGCUACUCCAACACGGCUACCUCUACCAUUCAUAUGUAGCAUGUCGAGUGCGUCCACAGACUGCUUGUUCACCGUUCGUGGAAAGUGGAUUUAACGUUGACCCUCGCAAUAAAUGGGGAGCAAAUUCGGGUUCGUGGGAAAGCGAGCAGAGGCUGCGAUACAGGGGCCAUGUGGCUAGUGCCAGAAUGCUGGUUCUGCAUAACACUUGUGAGUCUACUGCUGUCCCAUUCCUUUUAAUGUUCGUAUGGCAUUCACCUCUCGUCUUCGUUUACGGCAAACGAAGGGCGGCAUGUUCCUUGUGUGGAAGAUGACAUUUUUCGUCUGUGCUGUACCACCGCUAACUUACUGUAGUCAUAGAGGGCAGGCGAUACGUCAACGCUGGUCCAGCAGCAAAACGUUUCUGUUUUUCCUAGCGUCCCUACAGGACUACCUCUGUUGUAUUGUUGUAGCUCUGACUGCGCACUAUCGUAUCAACGUGUGGUCUGGCACGGGGAAAAACCGGAUGGUGGGUAGGGCACGAGAGGGUUCUUGCUGCAGGCGCCCGUCGUGUUGUCAUCAGACUUAGUGCCGACACGGUUCACGUGAGUGCGAAAGUUGCAGAAGGUUAGUCACGAGCUAUCGAUGAAGGGCUCGACUUGAUGUCAUCUUUGCUUCACAAGUGUUGCCCAGAACGUCGUCCGUGCCACGCGGGCGAUGAUGCCGUGUUGUUCCAGCAAUUGUCCGUGUGGUGGCGUUGUUCGUCUGUCAUUGCAACAUGUCGUACUACUUUGUUCAAUUCUAUUUGGAUGCUGCUGACGUCGGGAAGGUAGUCGUUCACCCUCCCUGAACGGUACAGUAGCUGUACAGGCCGGUUGAUUGGUGGUCUGGUUAGCGUUUGCUGCGCAAUCGUCAACCUGUCAUGGUACGUGAUUUCGGUUUUAUUGAUUGUUCGUGUACGGUGCUAACGUAUCUAGCGGCUGCAUCAUUGUGUGCAUCGAGCGUGCACCAGAACCUUUAAAUACCUUGUUUAUUGGCCACGUGUUGGAGUUUUGGUAGGCUCCAGAGUCCACGUGGCGCCACACUGUUGCCUAUCAGCGACAAUCCUCGCGGUGUGCAGAAGGGUACAGCUUUUCACCCACACCAACAGAGGUAUAUUUAUGUUGAACAAUCGUACAU